CCCGGGGGGGGCCGAAGCGGGGGCUGCGUUCGGUCGCUUAUUUCGGCAACCCCGAGGGCUAGAGAUUUCUGCAGUGACAACGUGGACCCUGCGGAAGGGGAGUAUGCCACGCCAGCCCCACGCAUGGCCCCCGGUUUGAGCUGGGGAGCGCCCACAGCGUGCUGGGCUCUGGCCCGCCUUGGACUCGGAGACCGCAUCAGACCCUUCCCCCCACAGGCGCCAGUGGCUGAGUGCUCCCGCGUCCUGCGUGGAGGGGCGUUCCCCCGAGCCCGCCCUCGCCCCUCUACAGCCCCUUCCUGCCGGGUUAUCAGCUACCGCUGCGGGCCCCCGGCCUCCCUUCCGCCUGGGCACUUCUGGAAAGAUGGACGGAGCCGUUACCCGCCUGCCUCCGGACAGUCCAGACCCCUGACCGGGCCCCCGGGGGUCUGUGCACGCCCUGAGGCAGGGCCCAGCUCCCCUGGAGGCCUAUGUGGAGUACCUGAAGAGCAUCAGCUACAUUUCCCAGGCCCUGCUGGAGGAAGCAGCGGCAGCAGCGAAAGGUGGGAGCGACGCCGUGACACCCGACACCCCAAAGAUGCUGAAGCUCGCUGAGCAGUGCUUGGAGCGAGCCAAGUCCAGCACCGCUGUGCUUGGGAAAGUGAAGCCAGCAGCCCACGAGAGGGGCCCCAGCCCUGCUCCCAUCUCUAAGCACCGCAGGGUCUUCUCAGAUGAGGGGGGGAAGCUGUCUCCCUUCCUCCCCCCGGAGAUCUUCCAGAAGCUGCAGAUCACCAAAGCUCAGGGCACUAAAAAGGAGCUCACCCCGCUGGAGGAGGCAUCACUGCAGAACCAGAAGCUGAGAGCUGCUUACGAAGCCCGGGUGGCACGGCUGAACCCCAGCCAGGCUGUGCAGAAGACUUCCCUGACACUCUCUCUUCAGCGGCAGAUGAUGGAGAACCUGGUGAUCGCCAAAGCCCGGGAGGAGACACUUCAGAGGAAGAUGGAGGAGUGCAGGCUACGGCUGCAGGAAGCUGCCAACAGGAGGUUCUCCAGCAACAUCGCCCUCACCCCCGAGGAGCAGGAGCAGAGGGCGCUCUAUGCUGCCAUCCUGGAGUACGAGCAGGAUCAUGAGUGGCCGAAGCUCUGGAAAGCCAAGCUGAAGAAGAACCCGGCAGAUCUCUCUCUGGUGUCCAGCCUCAUCUCCCACGUCCUCAGCUUCCCCGAGCACCCGAUUCCCCAGCUGUUGACGAAGCUCCAGCAUGCGAUCUACAGCAGGCUCUACCCCACUGUGAGCCAGAACCUCGCUGACCUCAGCACUGCUUCCAGGGGCUUCUCCUCCCUCUCGCUGGAUGCUGAGGGAUUGUUGACCCCAGCACCUGGGGGCCGGAAACUGAGGUCCUCCCAGAGCCUGUACUGCAUGGCCUCCGUCCAGGAGAACAAGGUGAACUUGCAACACAGCCUGUCCACGGCGCCCCUGAGCGAGGACCUGGCAACAGAGAGCAGCCUGCAGAAGGGGACGGCUGCCCGCCUGGCCGACAGAGAGAGCUCCUUUGAGGACCUGGAACGGUUCCUGGCAGCGCCCGAGAGCUGGCCCACUGGCCCCCCAGCGGAGCCCCAGAUCCCAGCUGAGAAGAAGACCUCUCUGCAGGAGCAGCUGAAAGCCAUCGUGAAGGACAUUCACAACUCAGUGGACAGGCUGCUCUCCCUGGCCCUGCUGGCUUUCGAGAGCCUGAAUACCGCCUCCUCCAAGGAUCAGUGCCUGGCAUGCAUUGAGGAAGCCUUCUUCUCGCCUCUCUGGGCCCCCCUGCUAGCCCUCUACAGGAGGGUCUACCAGGCCCGAGAGGUGGCCUUGUCCAGGAGCAUGGAGCGCCACAGGAACAUGCCCCCGUCGGAAAUAGGAGUGUCCGCUAACCUCUUCCCCCAGGACUGCAAAGGCCACACCGCAGGUUCCUACCCUUACAGCACGGCAGUGCAGGAGCUGGGGCUGAUCCUUCUGGAGAGCUGCCCGCAGAGGAAGCUGGAGUGCAUUGUGCGAGCUCUUCGUGUCAUCUGCGAGUGUGCCGAGGAGUACUGCACUGCCCGGGAAAGCCGGCCCCAGCCCGGAACCGCAGCCAUUGGUGCCGACGACCUCUUGCCCAUCCUGUCCUACGUGGUGCUGAAGAGCAACCUCCCCCAGCUGGUGGCGGAGUGUGCGGCGCUGGAGGAGUUUAUCCACGAAGGGUACCUGAUCGGCGAGGAGGGUUACUGCCUGACGUCCCUGCAGAGUGCACUGUCUUAUGUGGAGUCCUUGCACAGGGGAGUCAUGGUGAAGUAAUAGGGCUUUGCAUCCACCUGCUGAGCAGAUGGGCCCUGCCCUGAUCACUCGAACCCCUCCUCAGCUGGGAGAUGCAACUGACACACGUCUUCCAGAGACACGACAUGGGGCCAAGGGGCCCGACUUGAAGAGAAAGGACCAGACAUUUCCCCCCUUCCCUACCCUCCUUGUCCUGCCUACUGUGAAGGGUAGGGCACGUUCUGUGCAAUGUUUUGGGGUGGCAGUGGACCCAGGGUUGCUGCUUGGGUUGCUCUGCACCUGUCAUGCUAACUGUAACCACUACGAAGCAAGGGGAGAAUGGCCCACGGGCUGCUGGUGGGAUUCGACCGGCAACUGCUGCUGCUCCGGCCUGUAUUGAUGCUUUUUAGGAGCCUCUUUGCUGCUUUUGUGCAGGGCUUCCUCCAGCCUCCCCCUGGAGCACAGUGCACAGGGACGGGGAGGGGGCCUGCAGGGGGCAGUUACUGUCCCAAGGUCCCAUCCCCCAACUGGGGGGCUCUCAGCCCAGACAGCUACCCUUGCUGAAUGUAGGGAGGGCUUUGAGCUGAGCACAGGGUCUCCUUGGGGGCCACCAGACCUGGCCUGUUCUGUAGCCUCCAGCAGCUCUCUGGCCAGGGUGAGUGUUGGCUAUUGGUGAGGGAAGGCCUGGGACAGGCCCCAGCUCUGUGACCCCUCGGCUCGAAUGUUGCCCUUCUGCCUGAUUGUGCCCUGUGCAGCCACUGCAGGGUCCCUGGGUGCUGCCUGGAGCCAGCUACUUCCUGGGUGCUGCAGCGUCCAGCAUGGGUGGUUUCGUCCUCAGUCUAAGGGACGUUGACCCCGUGGCGCCGGCACCAAGCUCCUCGCGGCUGAAGCGGUAGGGUCUAUUUGCCCGCCCCCCAGGCUGCACCCGUGUUUGAACUGUGUAUUUAAAGUGUGUGUGUG